AUCUAGAAUCGGAUGAAAAAGAUGGCUUCCUCGAAACAACUAUCAGAGAGUCUAGAAUGCCCCAUCUGCCAUGAUCUACUUUCCAAUCCUAAACUUCUGCCAUGUUCACAUUCUUUUUGCACAAGUUGUUUGACCGAACUUCACUCUUUUCAGCCAGCUGAUUCCGCGUUAACUUGUCCAGUGUGUCGCCAAGAUGCAAAUGUUCCUGGAAAUGAUGUGAGUAACUUUCCAACAAAUCUUAUUGUCAAGUCCCUCGUCGAAGAUUUCAAAAGAAGGUCUGAUGCUAAGGCCGAGCGCAUAAAAGGGGAUGGAGAAAUCGCCAUUCAAACUUGUACGGUUUGUGACGGUGAUGAUCAAGACAUUGCAACAUACUAUUGCCAAAACUGUUCAGAGUUCAUUUGCGAAGACUGCUUGCAACACCACAAUAGAUACAAGCGGAAUGCAUGCCAUGAGACUGUGAAAGUAAUAGAUAUUAUGGCGGGAGUUGUCAAAAAGAAAUUCACAUGCCCUGAACAUCCACAGGAACUGCAGCAGUUCGUGUGUACCACAUGUCUGGUUCGAAUCUGCUGCAGGUGCCGGGAGGUCGAACACAAGGAAGAUCGACAUGAAGUCAUCGCGAUUGCCAUGUACGAAGAGAAUCAACAUGAGAAAAUGGCAAUUAUGUUGGCGAAAAUUGAUGAAAGAGGUGUUGAUAUCAAUAAUUACUUGUCUGUAUUGCAGGAGACGGGUCAAAAUGUAAAAAGUAUGAUUUCUCAACGACAGCACGAAAUUGAAAUUGCUUACGACACUGCAGAAGAACAAUUGCGAAGGAGAAGAGAUGAAUUGCUCAAUGAAUGCAGUAACGAUGGCAACAAAUUCUAUCAGGAAUUGCAAGAAAAAGAAGAAUGCAUUAAUACAUUUCUAGUAGCUGUAUCUGAUAGGGCCUCGCUUGUGAACGAUGGCCUGGGAAAACUUUAUCAACCAGAUCUAUCACUCACUGAUCAUGCAGCACGAUGGGGUGAUCUUGAAAGUUUUCUCACGAAUGAAGGCGUUUCCUCACUUCUCGCUCAGUCAUCAAACAUACGACAGCGUGCAGAAUCUUUGACCUCCCGUAUGGCGGCUCCUGCCAUUGAUCUUAACAUUGGUACUGUUCUCGUCAAGGACUAUCGGCUGGAAGGAGAACCAAAGAGUAAUAAUGCGAUGGCAAUAGCUCCGAGGAAAGGGGAUACUAUCUUUAAGAAGGAAGCCUUUGAUGACCUUGUUUCACAUCCUUCUACGUCGACCAACAUAACCUCCCAAGCAAAGCCCCCUUCCGACAGUCAAGCUCCUUAUGAAAGUCCAUACGAUCGUCUUGAUCUUGAAACUCUAGAAAGGAAACUAGAUGAUUUACAGGCCAGCUUGAGUACCAAUACGACUCCGACAAACAAAAGCCAUUCUUUAAAUGAAGAACUCGGACGGACAUCCGAGUGUCCGGAUAUUAACAGGGCAGGUGCUCGUUCUCGCUUUUCAAAUCUCGUCGGACAAUAUAAGCGGAAGGCUCGUAUCCCUACUUUUAAGUUCUGACUUGAACUCGACCAUUGAGUAGAUUCCCAGUUUUGAACUUGGAUAUCUUUUUGAAAUCUUAUAAUAGUGUGUUGGACAACAGAGCCUUUUAGAUAUUUAUGAUGUUUUAUAUCCACGGAGGUCUACUACUCAAUUAAAAUAUGUUGGGAAAAAAAACAGAAACUCCUGAAUAAUUGGAGGAGCAGAUCUCUAACUCUUUUUUCGGAAGAAUUACCGUUGUAAAAUCACUUUCUUUGAGUCGAGUAAUUCAUCUUAUGACAGAAUGUGAUCCCGCAUAUAUAUAUCAAGAAACUAAAUAGAUCAAUUUUUAAUUUCAUUUUGAAUUCUAAGGUUGAAAAGAUGUACACUCACACAAUAGCCAAGUAAAGGAGGAUUACGAAUGAUUGAUAUCACCAAACAAAUACUCCGUUUACGUUUAAGAUGGCUUGGAAGACUGUUAGAUGAUAGUGAAGGUCCAUGGAAAGAUAUGUCUCAUUACUUUAAUAAUUGUAUCGGUGGCUUAAAUCUUCUGUUGACUGUAAUUAUGACUACAAUUUAUUAGAUUUCUGAAGUGUUCAACUACCUGAUUUUUAUCUGGAAAUCUUAAAAGCAUGGAGCCGGCAUGGAGUUAUGUAAAAAGUAAUACCACAUGUGAAACCGAUUAUGUUAAAAAUAUGUAUGUUCACAAACAGGUGUCAUGACAUAAUAAGAACACUGUUUGGAAUAAUAAGUCUUUGUUUUAUGAAGAUUGAUUCAAUAGUGGGAU